UCCGGGUCCGGGCCCACGUAACGCCGUCGUGUGCGCAUAGACGUCGUCCGAGGUUAUUUAAUUUCAAAAGCAUCUGAACCAGGGACAGUUGAUAUUCACCAUUUUACGGUGAAAUACUAUGAAUUUUCCGUAUUUGGAAUGUGCUAGUUUGAAGUCACGUUUAUCAUUCCUUCAGAUUUGAAUGACAAAUAAGUCAGCAAGAGUACAGUAUAACCUCUUGUAGAAUUUUUCAAGAAUCACCGCCAACACGUGAACGUGGAAGGAUAAAUGACGAUGAACUUUAAAAUUCAAAAUAGGAAUUAAAGGAAGUCCAUAAAAUGACGUCAAAUGAGAUGGAUCAGAGUAACAAACAUGAGCCGAGUACGAAGAGGAUGAAAAGUUCGAUAAUUUCGGAUCACGUGGAAUCGUUAGAAUUUAAAAAACUAUUUGUCAAACACUGGCUGAAUUUGGAGCCUGUGAAAACGAAGGAUAUUGAGAUAAUAACCGACCCCUACCGAAUAUGUAAGAUAUCGAAUUUUUUAAGGGACGACGACUUUAUUUCCCAGAUAAAAGAAGAACUGAAGGAAGUAGAGAGUAACAGAAAAACCAUAGAUUUAUAUCAGUUUGAGCAGACUGUCGAUUUGGCUAACGUGCAAUCAAAGAAUAUUGAUGUACUGUACAGAACUUUUGAAUCGGACGUAACCAAUUGGAUGGAACAAAAUACUCAGAUUAUUUUGAAUGGUAAGAUGUCCAUGUCCAGUGCUAGCUACUCGGACACUGAUUACCUUUUAUGCCACGAUGACAACAUGGGUGAUCGCAGAAUUGCAUUCAUUUUAUAUCUCUCCAAAGAUUGGGCCCCUGAAGAUGGUGGAGCACUAGAUAUAUUUGAUUCAGAUACAGAUGGGCAGCCAAAAAAUAUUGUCAUGUCCUUGGUGCCAGAGUAUAAUUCUCUAGUAUUUUUUGAAGUUACAGAUAACUCGUACCACCAAGUAGCAGAAAUAACAUCACCAGAUAAGUUGAGAAUUUCGAUUAAUGGAUGGUUUCAUGGUCCAUUGAAAGAAAGUAAUAAACAGCUUAGGCCUGAAAUAAUUCAUGAGUAUUUUGAACCUGAGGAUACAGACAUUGAUCUAGUGUCUCAAAUUUCUAAAAUCUAUUUGUAUGAAACAAUUGUUGAAAACAUUCAACAGGCUAUUGAAAAAGACUCAUUCAUUUAUCUUCCUGACUUUUUGUUGCCUGAGAUAUACGAGAAAUUGGGUGAGGAAAUAAAAAGUCAGGAUAUCAAGUGGAGUAAAAUUGGUCCAGCUGAUUUACAGAAUUAUGAAAUAGCAAAUGAUGAAACUCUACCUGAAACUUUGAAAGCAUUUUACAAUAUUUUCAAGUCGAUACAUUUCUUUCAUCUUCUCAAACGAUAUACGGAAUUAGAUUUGGUACCAGAAUCAAAUGAUAUGAAACCAAAAAUGCAAAUCGAAUUGCAGAGGUGGUCAAGAGGCUGCUACAUGCUAAUUAAUGAUCAAACAAUUGAACCUAUUCACCAUAGAGAAAAAAAUGGGAAUGAAACGGAUAACAUCAUAAAAUCUAAAGUAGAAUCAGAUGUUGGCAUGUGCAAAAAGACUGAAGAUAAUAUGGUGAACAAAUCCAAAUAUGAAAAUGAUGAUGCGAAACAAAAUACAACGGCAGAUCCUAUCAAGACAAGUGGGGAUUCAAUCCCUGAUGAAACUGGUAAUGAUUCUAAGACCACGAAGAAUGCUGCUCAGAACCCACAUCAUGAGAACCAAACAAUAGUUAAAAACAAAUUGGCAGCCAAAGGAAAGUGCAAAACUCUGUUUCCUACAAAUGAAUCACCUCAAAGUUCUGGAAACUUUCACAAAAAAGGGUCGACAGCAAUUAUACCUGAUGAAUCUGAUUCUUCAGAUAUAGAAGAUUACAUGUCAGAUCUGGAAAGUGAAUCUGAAUCUAACACGUCAGAAAAGGAAGAUAUGAAGGAUGAGGAAGCCAAGCCAGGAACUCUGGAUGUCAUAUUGCAAUUUCAUACAGAAAAUGCAACAGAAGAUGCUACAAUAGACUACGUUGAUCCUUCUGUAAAGGAUGGAGCACUGAUUCACAUACCCCCCCAGGACAAUCAUUUGUGUCUGGUUUAUAGAACUGCGGAUACUUGUAGAUGUAACAAAUAUGUUAACCAUUAUUCUGAAGGCUACUUCUACACGUUACUGUGCUCUUACUAUGAAUAGAUCUUUCAGAGAGAAAAUA